UCUGAAUGUGGUGGACAGUUUGGUGAGCCCUGCAAAUUCAAAGAGAUGGUCAUCUGUAGGAUCAGCUGUAGUAGCACAGAUCACCCAAUCAGCUGAAUUGAUGGCAGUCAACCUUGCCAAGAGGGCUGGCAAUUUGACAUCAGAGUCCAUUGUACUGGCUAGCAAGCACCUUGUGACUGUCAUAGACUUCCUACAGCCUACCAAUGCAUCUACUGAGUACACCUUCCCCAAGAAUGCUUCGGAUCACGACAAGGCUGCCUUUGCUAUUCCACAAGCCGUGUUUGACACCCACGACGCCAAUGCUGUUGUCACACUACUCUACCACUCACUGGGCCCUCUACUUCAAGACAACAAAAGAUCUGAUAAUGAAACUGGGAAUCGGAAGAGUACAACAAAGAAAGAUGAAAGUGGUUCAAGCUCUGUUGUCGGCAGUAAGGUUAUCUCUGUCACGCUAGUGCCACCCCUACAAACCUCCGUGGAAAACGCUAUCCAAUUUGGCUUCCAUCUUGAUCCAAUGACAUGGUCGUCACGCCUAAGUAAGAACACAGUGAAGACGUGCUCCUUCUUGAACUUCUCUAUGUUGAAUGACACCGGUGGUGCAUGGUCCAAUAACGGUUGUCACAUGACCUCAGACAAUGAUUCCCACGUCGAGUGCAGCUGUGAUCACAUGACUAGCUUCGCUGUCUUGGUGCAAGUUGUAGAUAUUGAGAUAUCUGAAGCUGAUAGACGUGCAUUGGAUGUGAUCUCUCUCAUUGGCUGCGUCUGCUCCAUCAUUGGUACCUUCCUGACUUGUUCUACUUACUUGUUUCUGAGAAUGACAUCGGAGCGAACCCUGAUUCAUUUCAACCUGGCCAUCGCAAUCAUGCUGGCUCAAGUCACUUUCCUGUUUGAGGACUCCGCAGAAAAGGGAACGGUCACAUGUGCUGUAGUGGCCAUGCUCCUCUAUUUCUUCAACACUGCCAUAUUUUGCUGGAUGCUGAUCGAGGGCGUACAAAUCUACUUCCAAGUGGUUGUGGUCUUUGUUAACGCUGAGCGACUCAAGAUGUAUAUCCUGACUGGAUGGGGGUUUCCGCUGAUACUAACCGUCAUUACUACUGCAAUACUGCGGGAGUCAUUGGGCACGCAUGGAAUAUGCUGGCUGAGUGUUGCUGAUCACUCCAUCUGGUUUUUCGCUGUGCCAGUCAUCAUUGUCAUCUUGAUCAACUGCUACAUUCUGGUGAGGGUCACCAAACUGAUUGUGACUUUGACCAAGGCCCAAGGAGGAAGCAAGAUUGACAAUGCAAAGAAAUCCACCAAGGCAUCUGUCAUGCUCCUGCCUCUGCUGGGGUGUACGUGGGUGUUUGGCUUCCUGUGUGUCACAGAGAGUACCAUCAUAUUCCACUACCUGUUUGCCAUCUUCAACUCCUUCCAAGGGUUCUGUCUCUUUCUUGCCUACUGCGCCUUUAGCACGGAGGUGCGUGACUCGUGGAGCAAGAAGCGUGAAUCCUGGAGCUUAUCUCGCUCACUGAAUGCCCGCUCCAGCAAGGUGUCACCGGCAAGCAAGACAACUGAACAAGCCUGGGAGCAUAAGGCACGGAAGACUCUCAAGACCUACAUCGGCAAAAAGCAGAUCAAGAAAGACAUCAGUCUGGGAGGCCAUUUUAAAGAGGAUAGCUCACACCUUGCAGUGGUGGAUGAAAUUUAGGCAGAGGAAGGCAUUUCAGCAAGUUCUCUUUAUAUGUGAUUUCAAAGUGAACAAAGAUUUUGACUAGCGAGGGUUUGAACCUGCGAACUCCGGAUUGCCGUUCCCGUGCUCUUACCAACUGAGCUAUCCAACCCCAUGUAGGUGGUUCUCCGUUUUGUGUAUGGUCGGAAAAAAUAAUUAAUUUGAAGUCAACUACUCUGUCCAAUAAAUGCAUUACUAAGUCGUGAAAGUGAUUGUAAAUAAUUGAUAGAGCACAUCUCUAGUUGCCUUCAUAAAAUAAAAUUGUAGCUGCCAAGAAUACAUUUUAAAAUGGAAAUUUUGGACGAUUCCAUGAUUGCAUAGCUAGAACUGAUUUCCACAUGUUGUAAAUGAUAGCCCUUUAUACAGUUAAAAUAUUAGAUUUGUAAAAUCUAUUUUUAUCAAACAACAGUAUUGGAUUUGCGAUAAGAAUACUUACCGAGUAAACAAUAAUAAAAGUUGAACAAAACUUGGGAAAAUUGAGAUUUAAAUUGGUUGAAACAAACCUUUCCACCCAGGCUGUAUGUUUAUUUUCCAAUAUAUAAGUCCAUCAAAUGUCACACUCGGGCAUAACAACAAUAAUUAUCGUAUACAAUUAUAUGUUUUUUUUAUUGUUACUCAGGAAUGGUACAAGAACAGUUAUGGUGGUAGUGUAUUAUUAGUUAAUAUAUCGACAGUGAUUAUAUAGUAAUAUGAUACACAAAGCACAAUGUACAGCAAUCAAUGUAUGCCACAAUAUGUAUUAACAGGUGGAGGUAACUCUAAGGGAUGGUGGGCUGCAAUUACGACCGUUACGAAUGACGCUCCAGAGUCUCGCUGAAC